AAUUUCCUCAUAUUAAAGAUGGUCAAGUUACUAGAGGAAAAAUAAUUGAAAAAUUAUGUUCAGUACGCUUUAUUAAAAUCAUUCCAUUAGAUAUAUCAAGCUGCUCUUUUGUUGCACUUAUAUGUAUUGGUACUCACAAUCAUCCACCACCACCACCGGAAAAAAUACCAGCAAAUGUUAAAAAUACAUUACAAACUUUAAUUAAACAAGCUAUUAAUAAUAAUGAAGCUUUAACAGCACAUUCAUUUAUUACAGGAAAUUUUAUUAAAGCUUCAUUUAAUACUGAAAUAUUCAGUCAAAUUCAUGCUUCGCUUAAUAAUGUAGAUCGAUUACGAUAUUUAGUUAAUAAGGCUAAUAAAGAAAUAUAUCCAUAUGGACAAAGUAUUAUGGGUAUAUGGUAUAAUAUAACACAAAAACUUAAUAAUUUACAUAAAUAUGUUCAAAAAAUUG